UUUAUACGGGCUGAAAAAAAGGUUUGUGCUAAAGGGCCCAGCGGAAAAGGCCCCUGAUCGGGAGAGGAAAAGGCAUCGACCAGGCACGCGGACGUCUCGCCUCCUGGUUCGCUUGUCUGUUCGACUUCGACGCCUCGCCUCGGCCGCCUGCCUAUGUCGCUGCGCGGUUGCGCCUCCGGCCCUGACCCCCGAGAUCCUGCAGUGGAGAUCGCCCAGGCCGUGAAUCCGUCUCCCUAAUCGCCCAUUCACCCUGCUCUGCUUUGCUCAAGGAGACAAGGAGUCAAGGUAAUCUGAAGUUCUGAACACUGCGUACAUACAUAUUUGCCUAGUGCCCUAGUCCUCUUAGAUCAGCUGAUCUGAUUAUUCUUUAAAAUCUUAGGUGUUACAAUGCCACCAAGACAAAAGUCCGGUGCUGAGAAAAGAAAACAAAAAAAACGAGAAAAUCAACUCAUUGAAAAACAAAGAGGUUCUUUAAAUAGGUUCUUUCCUGUGGUAACUAGUGUUGAUAAUCAAAGGCAAGAAUCUGAACCGGGACAAGAUGAUGAUCAUAAUUCAAAUGAUGAUCCUGAAGUCAAUGAACAUUCCUUGGAUGACAAUAUUGAUGCUGAUGUUAAUGAGGACAACACGGGAGAGGAAAAUUCGCAGCCUUCACCUGAUGCUCGGAAUGGUGAUGAACAAGAUGAUUCUCUUUUAUCUAUAUAUGAUCCUAGGACAUGGGAUAAUCUUGAUAAUCGGAAAAGGGACAUUUCAAUUGAAAAGGGGCCGGUGAGAGAAUUGGGCUUGGAGUUCCCUGCCUGCCCUGAUGAUGUCGAAGGUAGACGUUUUUCAUAUGCUUACUAUUCCAGAAAAUUAGCUAAUAAAGAGGUUAUGGACAGAAAGUGGUUGGUUUACUCUAAAGAGUUGGACAAAGUUUUUUGUUUUGCCUGCAAGUUGUUCAAAUCAAACCAGAGCAGGUCUUUGCUAGCGUCUGAUGGGUUAAGGGACCGGAAGCGUCUCAGUGGAAGACUCCAAGAACAUGAGAGCAGUGUUGAGCAUUUAACAAACAUGAACACAUGGAAUGAUCUAAGGUUGAGGUUAAGCAAAAAUCAUACAAUUGAUGAUGACAUGCAGCGGGAGAUUGCAAAGGAAAAGGAGCGGUGGAGACAAGUUUUCCUAAGAAUAAUUUCUACAGUGAAGUUUCUUGCAAAACGUAAUUUGGCAUUUCGAGGAACAAAGGGGAAGUUGUAUGAAGAUAAUAAUGGUAAAUUUUUGGGCACGGUUGAAAUGAUUGCUGAAUUCGAUCAUGUGAUGCAAGAACAUAUUAGGCGCAUUCAAAGUAAUGAAAUACAUCAUCAUUAUCUUGGCCACACUAUUUAG